UAUUUACAGUCUACCACAGGGCUAAUGGCAGACCAUGAGUUUACUGUCAAUGUUUUCUUGUGGAGUUCUGUAUAAUCCUUGCAGGAGUAGACAGCCUCCAGGAUAUUCCAAGAAACACUUUUAAGUUUAAGAGCAAUAUUUGAUCUUAGAUUUAGUUGUAACAUAUUUUUUCUUUAUAUGAGUGUGUACACAGUAUAUUUUUUUAUAUGAAUUAUGACCAGAUUGUCCAAAAGGGAAAGGCACAUCCAGCUUCUCAGAGGUAAUUUCUGAAGCAAGUUUUCAAUAAGAUUUCACAGCUUGAGGAGAUAUUAUUCUAGACUGUGUCAAGCUAGACUUUUCUUGGGGAUUUUAAUAACUGAAUAUGAUUUCAAUCAUACAUUCAUGUGGUCAUAUUUUUAUCCUAAGCAACAGAACAUUUACUGAGUACAGUAAACAGGGCUUUUUGAAGGAGCAAACACAAGUCAGUUUGCAAAAGUUUGAUCAGGAGCAAAAGGCAAGGUAAAAGAAUAAAAUAUAUUUCAGUAUAUUUUAAAUAUACUGAAUAUUCUGUCACAUCAGGAGCCAAAAAUAAUAUCAGAGUAGGGUGAAUCUCAACAUACAUUUAUCUGGAUGACUCUUUAGUGAGAAGUAUUCCGUUGCCAAGGUGCACUAUAUAUAUUGGCUGAAAUAGUGCCUGUAGUGAUCUGAACUGUGCUUCACCUUUAGAUGCGUGAAAUUUGUCUUUCAAGGAAAAUAAAAUAAUAGUAGAUCUGACUGUUUCAUUCUGGACAGAAUAUUCAAUGAUGUCUUCUCCUUACUGGACUGGACUGCUCAAUGAGCUGUCUAAUGCUUCAGGGAAAUAUCAGCUGAUAAAACAGCUUCUGAAUGGGAAAAUGCCUGACCGAAUUUCAACAACCUCUUUUCAUUAUCAGUGAGAAACCCAUAGUAUCUCGUUCAACAAUAAUGGACACUGGGCCUAGAGGAAGAGUAAAGAUGGGAAAGAAUUACCUCAUCUGAAUCUAGUCAAGGACAGAGAUUGAAGGUUUAUCAACAUACAGUCUGCACGGGUUUAAUACAUGACAAGGAGACAAGCAAUCUGUGGAGAAUGGCAGUGGAUGUGAUGCAGAUCAGCAAGAAAGAGAAAUUAAGGAUGAAAAGACAGCAGUUUCUGAAGAAUCAGAUUGUGCACUUCAAAAUAAUAUCAUAAAGACUCAUCAUUUUAAUCAGUUAUUGGUUAUACCUUGGGGACUUUCCACAGACUUCCACUUGAUACUGCUUUUAAAAUGAACAUUUUCAGACUGGAGUAUGUUGAACUAUUAGCUGUUUGCACUUGGAAGAAUAUACAUCAAACAUCUGAUAAAAGCCUUUGAAGGAAAGCAAUUGAAGUGAAAGUUGGACACAACUAGUUUUCUUUAUCUUGGACAAAGUGCUACGGACAACUGAUGGAUGGGAUCCUCAAAAUCUUAGGAAAACUGUCACUAACAGAGAGCUAGCAUUCAAAUAACAGAGAAUUCCAAGAAAUGGAAGCUGCUGCUAGUAAAAGAAGAAAAGCUGAGUAUCAUCAGGGUUAAUAGCUGCUACCCAAGAUCCAUGAAUGAUUACAGAGUUAUUCUUCUAUAUCGAACUUUCCAGUUUCAUUAGUAAUAUGCUGCCAGUCUGGGAUAUCGGUGCACUGAUGGUGAGAAGGCUGUUUAUUCAUUACGCUGAAUAGAAGAGCUACAGGAACAAUGGCUUCAAAGGUCUCGUGCUUGUAUGUUUUGACAGUAGUUUGCUGGGCAAGCGCUCUUUGGUACUUAAGUAUAACUCGUCCUACUUCUUCCUACACUGGCCACAGACAGCUCAAUAGCAUAUCAAUAGCCAGAAAAAACGUUUCCUUUGGCAACAUAAGAACUCGACCUAUAAAUCCACAUUCCUUUGACUUUCUUAUCAACGAACCUAAUAAAUGCGAGAAGAGCAUCCCUUUCUUGGUUAUUCUUAUCAGCACAACUCACAAAGAAUUCGAUGCAAGGCAAGCAAUUCGAGAAACGUGGGGAGAUGAAAACAACUUUAAAGGAAUUAAAAUUGCCACUCUAUUUCUUCUUGGAAAAAAUGCAGAUCCCGUGUUAAAUCAAAUGGUAGAGCAAGAAAGCCAAAUUUUUCAUGACAUUAUUGUAGAGGAUUUUAUUGACUCUUAUCAUAACCUUACUCUGAAAACAUUAAUGGGGAUGAGGUGGGUAGCAACAUUUUGUUCAAAAGCUAAGUAUGUUAUGAAGACAGACAGUGAUAUUUUUGUAAAUAUGGAUAAUCUUAUUUAUAAGCUUCUCAAACCCAACACCAAGCCAAGGAGAAGGUACUUCACUGGUUACGUUAUAAACGGAGGACCAAUACGAGAUGUUCGCAGCAAGUGGUACAUGCCCAGAGAUUUGUAUCCUGACAGCAAUUACCCGCCCUUCUGUUCAGGCACUGGCUACAUUUUUUCAGCUGAUGUAGCAGAACUAAUUUACAAAACCUCCCUUCAUACCAGACUCCUCCAUCUUGAAGACGUGUACGUCGGACUCUGUCUUCGGAAGCUGGGCAUUCACCCCUUCCAAAACAGUGGCUUCAACCACUGGAAAAUGGCCUACAGCUUGUGCAGGUACCGCAGGGUGAUCACAGUGCACCAGAUAACACCAGAAGAAAUGCACAGAAUUUGGAAUGACAUGUCAAGCAAGAAGCAUCUUAGAUGUUAAGAUUUUUACAGAUGUAAAUACCUUUUUUAAAUAUUGCUUUAGUCUGGUUUUUUGACAAAGUGAUGUACUGAUUUACAGGUUAAACUGUGGGAUAUUACUGUGAGAGGAUUUUUAAUGACUGAUUUUUCAUUCUCAUUUUGACUACUGGUUUACAGACUUCAGGCUCUUUUCAUAAGGACAUUACACCAAUCGAAAGGAUCUAGAGUCAAAUCUCAGAUUUUGUAUAUUAUCCUCUGUCACACAUAUCAGCUCCUGCAUCUGUACAUAAACGGACAGUAAUAAACUAUCAUGAGCUGCUUACCAGUUCAUGCCCCAGCCUCUGAGGUAAGACUCAGGCCUAAGAAAUGAAGAAUUACAAAUAUACUUUUAUCCCUUUUUGACACCCUACAAUCAUCCCUACUCAGAGCUUUGUUAAUAAAUUGAACUGUAUAUAUUUGCACUGAUCUUACACACCUACCUUAGCAUCUAUGUCUUAUAGUACAAUGUGUGCAAUCUCCAAACAGCUUACAGAUGGUGCAGUAGCAGAAUUUAGACAGGUAAGAACAUCAAAGUCUCAUAGGCCUUAGAAACAAACCUACACUCAGAAGAAUAUUUUUAUUCCCCCAAAUCACAUCCCUUUAAAUCAUUUCAGAAAAUGCCCCACUUCUUUCUACUGCCAAAAGUAGCCCCUAAAAUAUCAAGUCAAUUUUUAAAAUGAAGUAGGAUCUGUAGAUGAAAUAUAAAAAAGCAGAGAUGUAUGAAAACACAUCUUAAAUAUCUGUGAUAAGAGUAUGAAUAUCUUAAUUUUAAAGCAAAUGCAACAUUUCUCAUUAGUAUGGGUGCAUGUGGAUCUCUUAUUUAGGAAUACUUUAAUGGGUCCAAUAACACUAUCACAGACUUUAUUUUUUUUUUAAGAUGAUUGAGUAUCUUAUAUAGCAAUAUAUGAUUGUCAGUUAAUAAGCAUCGUAUUCCUUCAACAUCAGUUGGUAAACUAUGUACCUGAAAAAAAUAAAAUAAAUAAAAGUAAAGGCAAAAGAACAUUUCUUAAGGGUAAACUACUUUUUGCUAUAGUGCAUAUACAAAUGAGAUUAUACCAUAUUUUUAGUGGUUUAGACAAGCAGAAUUUUGUCCCACCCAUUUUUUGUCAACUGAAGAACUUACAGAGUACAUAACAGUUACGUACAGCUUUUAUAGCAAAAUAGAGGGCUUUUAAGAAUAACUUAUUAAAAAAACAAACAAAAAACCUUCAAGCCUUUGUUACAAAUCUGUAGCUCUCCAUUAGAGCCAAUACUCAGAGGUCCAGCUCAAAAAGGAACCAGAACUCAAGAGAUCCCCAGAGCAUGUGGUAGAAAUUAAAUACACAAGAUUUUAGUCAAGUUUUAUAACAUCCUGAUGUGUUUUGAAUAUGAAUGUUGAUGAAAUGUGAUGACAAUUAUUUCCUGGAAAAUUCUUUGAUAGGUUCAAGCCAUCCCUACUCAGUAUCACCUUCCAACAAAGAACUAAAAUGUGACGUUGCUUAACAAAUAACUUGGAAUGAAGAAUUUAUAGGCAAGUCACAGGUACAAAACUCACCAAAUGUAUUAUUAGCUGUAGAGUACUCACACCAUCCACAGCAUGCACAAAAAUCUCAUACAUUUCAGCUAGAGAUAUGCAUAAUGUGAAAACUGGUAAGACUGUACGUUAUUCAGGAUGUCUAUAGAGUUGUCAGAAAUUAACUGAACAAGGAUUUAAAGGUAAACUCUGAACUGAUUUUGCCAUAGGUGUACAUAGUACUUUGUAAUGAUAAUGAAUGAAGAUGCUACCCCAAAAGCUUUGCAGUUUUAAGACAAAGCGUUAGUCCUAUUCACAGAUGCAGCACUGUUUUGAAAGGAACUACUUGUAAAUAAGGUGAAGUGCACCUGGCCCUCGAGCCACAAGCAUUAAAUGUCUGAGUGAUAUACUUCAAAUCUAAAGGUGAAGCUACGCAAUAGAUAGCCCAGAAGUUACUGCUAAUCAACAGGAGCUUGUGCAUCCUUCGUAUGUGAAAAUCAGUAAUUUUAUAAAAGAAAUACUGAAUCUCUUGCAGCAUAUUAAGAUUUAUCCUUCCCUAGUUGACCUAGUCCUUGUUAAAGUUGCUCUUGCUUCCUGUCAAACUCAAAACUCCAGCAAAACAAGGUCCUUCUAAUUGCACAUACGAAUAUAUGUAUAUAAUACACAGCAAAUGAAAUUCAGCUUUUCUUAUCGAGGCCCCAGAAAAUGCAGUUUAGGAAGGGAAACUAGGGUGGAAUUCAUCCCCAGCCCUCGUUUAAGUCACAGAGCACAGGCGCAGCCCUAUCAGGGCACGCUUUGUAAGAAUUCCAGCCAACAGGCUGCCAUCACUUCCCCGUAUGUCCGUGCUGUGCUGUAAUCUGGGGUUUCUGAAUCCACAGCCAAAUGGAUUUGGUGGCCUUUCUUCCACCACUGACACUUUUGUGGCCUUUGGUUAGUAACCCAGAGGACAGCAGGGCUCCCAAGUCCUGGUACCUCAGGGCUCGAGUAGCACAGCAGCCUUGAAUUUCUCCCCUACUAAUAAAUAGACUGCAUUAAUGAUUGGAAGGUACACCUUGAAAAUAAUACCUGAAAAAUUUAUUUCCUGCCAUUUAUAAAUAGAUAGAUCUUCAACAGAAAUGUAAAUGCUCAUCUUGGAACUUAUGUACAUAUUUCUAAGACAUUUUCUUCUGUAUUCAGCUGUAUAUAUGCAUAGAGUCUGCUUGCUGGGUAGUAUUCUGUUGUGCAUGGAGCUGAGUUAGGCAUUAUGUUUGUCCAGUGUUUCAAGAGCCUUAAGCAUGUGUGCCCUAACUUUUGAAUGUACAAGAUUUUUUUCUUUUAUUGUUAAGUGAAUUAAAAAGAAAACAAGAGCCUAAUUUUCUAAUUCUAUUAAUUUUCUGAUAUUAGACUUCACUAGAUUUUUAAACAUGUAUAAACAGAUUUAUUUUCCCUUUGCUCAUAAACUGGAGUAUUGCAACCUAGAGCUAGAAAGGGAGCAAUACAGCUACUCAUAGCAGUAUGGGAGUUACUGUCCCUUCCACUCAGAAAUAUUUGUGGCACCUUGGGUACUGUUAAAUAAAAUGUUUUGCAUUGGGCUUCCUUUAACCAAAAGUAUUUAGUACUUAAAGGCCAUUUUGUUUCACUGGGCAUGGGGCAGAUCAAAAUUUGGUUAAGAUGGUCCAGCUUCUAGUCACUUCAAAAGUGUGAGUAUAAUCUUAUUUUGAUUUCAAAACGUACAUUAACAGUAUAUUGAGCUAAGAAUCUAUGGGGAAAAAUGCCUCGCUUUUGGAGGAAUUUUUCACUUUCUUGGCUAAAUCUCUGACAGUAUUUAGACAGAAGUCUCAAGAUUCAUUUUCCAUCUUUCCUAAUAAUGAUGUUGAGUAUCAACUUUGAUUCAUUGUAGGGAUUUUUUUUUGUCUUUAUAACAUAGGUGACAAUUGCAAUUUGUAAAUGAAGAAUGUAAUUAACUAGAAAAGCUUGUCAACAGUAACUGAACUUUAAGUGUAUCAUUAUAUACGACUGGCUGUACUUAUGUAUUUAUUUGUCUAAAUUGUAUAUAUUGUUUUAUCUCUAGUGUCUGUAGGAGUGCAUUCUUUUAGAUUAAAGUAUUAUUUACAUUUUUGUGGGAUUGCCAGCAAAGCUGCUAAUCAAGAUACUAUUUUUUUGUAUCAAUGUCAAAUAAUAAAAAAAAAUUAAGAACAGAGUCAAAUGAAAAAUUGGAAGUGUCAUGUACAGUUUUCUUCUUCAUUCCUCUCUAGAAACAUAAAUGGUAUUAUCCAAAAGCAUGAUACAAAUAAAUAGGUUCAUUUGUCAUGAGAAAGAAUAUUGUUCUGUAAAAGCAGAUUAAAAAAAAUCAUUGGAAAAAAUAAAAACAACAAAAAUAUUACUUUUAUUCAUUAUUUGUGCAAAAUCUUAAUCAGGCAGAUGUCCACACUGAUCAGGUGUACUACUUCAUUUGGAUCCAAAGAGUUAAGACAGCAAUGGUAACAUCUAGCAAAUUAGCAGGUAAUUUCAUCAUCUGCUCGGCAGCCCCAGCUCAUGAAAGUGAAGUUUGGCAGCCCAG